ACCUGCGAGAGUCAUCACAUUUUUUCCUAUAAUGGCGGACCAGGCAGACAGCGACAGUAUUGGGUUCAACGACAACAGGAUGGCGCAGCAGCAGACGCUGCGCUUUCGUGGCCCUGCUCCUCCGCCGAGUUCCGUGCUCCGGGGGCCUCCCCCGCUCCUCAGACCCCCGCCCCCGCCCUUUGGUAUGAUGCGGGGGCCCCCGCCGCGACCCCCUUUUGGACGUCCACCGUUCGACCCAAACAUGCCGCCUAUCCCCCCGCCUGGAGGCAUGCCCCCGCCGCUAGCACCCCCGCACCUACAGAGACCCCCCUUCAUGCCCCCCCCCAUGGGCAGCAUGCCGCCCCCUCCAGGACUGAUGUUCCCCCCCGGCAUGCCCCCGGUUCCAGUCUCUGGAGCCCCCCCCCUCAACCCAGCAGAGGAGAUCUGGGUGGAGAACAAGACACCUGAGGGCAAGGUAUACUACUACAAUGCCAGGACCAGAGAGUCGGUCUGGACCAAGCCAGAGGGGGUGAAGGUGAUCCAGCAGGCUGAACUCAACCCUCUGAUGGUGGGGCAGCCUGGGGGGGGCGGGGGGCCCACCGGCGGGGGUCCAACGGCCAGUGCUGCAUCUGCCAGUCCCGCCUCCAGCCAGGCCCCCUCGCCCUCCCGCACACACACCUCCAGCCCUGACACCAGCUCCACCACCUCUGUGUCCAUCGCCACUUCUGCUGUUGCAGACCUGCCCCAAGUUGCUACGGCGACUUCCAGCGUGGGUGUGACCCCUGUGGUGGUGAGCGUUGCCACAGUACCAGCGUCGGUGACGUCGGUGCAGACUAUGUCUCUGUUGCCCCAGAGCCUGCCCCACGCCCUGCCCCAGCCUACCACCACCAUUCCAGCCUUCCCCCCCGUCAUGGUGCCCCCCUUCAGGGUGCCACUGCCGGGCAUGCACAUCCCUCUGCCUGGUGUAGCUAUGGUCCAGCUAGUGGAAGGGUCGUAUUUAAAGACAGUCUCGCCAGGCCACAACGGGAUGCUUCCGGGCAUGGCUCCGCCCCUAGUGCCCAUGAUGCACCCCCAGCUGGCCUUAGCCGCCCCCGGCUCGCUGGCCGGCGCCUCCUUGGCCGGUUCCCUGCAACUUCAUGAGUGGUCGGAGUACAAGACUGCGGACGGGAAGACGUACUACUACAACAACCGCACACUGGAGUCCACCUGGGAGAAACCUCAGGACCUGAGGGACAAAGAAAAAGAGGCGAAGGAGGCAAAGGAGAGGCUGGCUCUGGAGGAAGAGGCCAUGGAGAUGGAGGAGGAGGACGCCAAGGCUGAGCAGGCCAGCCUGGCCAGGGAGGAGCAGAAGGAGGAAGAGAUGACGGAGGAAGAAAAGGCAGCUCAGAAGGCCAAGCCUGUGGCCACCAACCCCAUCCCUGGCACACCCUGGUGCGUGGUGUGGACGGGAGAUGACCGCGUGUUCUUCUACAACCCGACCACGCGCCUCUCCAUGUGGGACCGGCCCGAGGAGCUGGUGGGCCGGGCCGACGUGGACAAGAACAUCCAAGAGCCUCCUCACAAGAGAGGGCUGGAGGACAGCCGCAAGCUGGGUAUCAGUAAGGAGGAGCUUGAGGCGGCAGCAGAGGAGGUCCUGGAGGAGGAGCCUGUCAAGGCCAAGAAGAGGAAGAAGGAGGCAGAGUCUGUGAAGGAGGCGGAGUCGGAGAAGGAGGCAGCGAUGGAGGCGGAGCUUCGUGCGGCCCGCGAGCGUGCGGUGGUGCCUCUGGAAGCUCGGAUGGGCCAGUUCCGAGACAUGCUGCUGGAGAGAGGGGUGUCAGCCUUCUCCACCUGGGAAAAGGAGCUGCACAAGAUCGUGUUUGACCCUCGCUACCUCCUGCUUAACCCCAAGGAGAGGAAGCAGGUGUUUGACCAGUAUGUGAAGACGCGUGCCGAGGAGGAGAGGAAGGAGAAGAAGAACAAACUGAUGCAGGCCAAGGAUGAGUUCCGGAAGAUGAUGGAGGACGCCAAGCUGACCGCCAGGACCACGUUCAGUGAGUUUGCGUCCCGGCAUGCCAGAGACUCCAGGUUCAAGGCCAUAGAGAAGAUGAAGGAGAGGGAGGCCAUCUUUACUGAGUUCAUGACCGCUCUGAGGAAGAGAGAGAAGGAGGACUCCAAGACCCGGGGCGAGAAGGUGAAGCUGGACUUCCUGGUGCUGCUGGAGGAGCAGCAUGUGGAGGGGGGUCAGCGCUGGAGACAGGUGAAGGAGCGCCUGGAGGGAGACCCUCGCUACAAGGCUGUAGACAGCUCCAACCUGAGAGAGGAGCUCUACAAACACUACCUGGACAAACAGGCCAAGAGCAUGGACGGGGAUAAGGAGCGGGAGCUGGAGCGGCAGGCGCGCGUGGAGGCCAGCCUGAGGGAGAGGGAGAGGGAGGUUCAGAAGGCACGCUCCGAGCAGACCAAGGAGAUCGACCGGGAGAGGGAGCAGCACAAGAGAGAGGAGGCCAUCCAGGCCUUCAGAGCCCUCAUGUCAGACAUGGUGCGUUCGUCGGACGCGUCGUGGUCAGACACGCGCCGUAACCUGCGUAAGGACCACCGCUGGGAGUGUGCCUCCCUGCUGGAGAGAGACGAGAAGGAGAAGCUGUUCAACGAGCACGUGGAAGCACUCACCAAGAAGAAGAAGGAGCACUUCAGACAGCUGCUGGACGAGACCAUCAUGAUCACCCUGACCACGUCCUGGAAGGAGGUGAAGAAGAUCAUCAAGGAGGACCCUCGCUGCAUCAAGUUUUCCAGCAGUGACCGGAAGAAGCAGAGGGAGUUUGAGGACUACAUCAAAGACAAGUAUAUAACAGCCAAGGCAGACUUCAGAACCCUGCUGAAGGAGACAAAGUUCAUCACCUACAGGUCCAGGAAGUUGAUCCAGGAGUCUGACCAGCACCUGAGUGACGUUGAGAAGGUUCUCCAGAACGACAAGCGGUACCUGGUUCUGGACUGUGUUCCUGACGAACGCAGGAAGCUCAUCAUGUUCUACAUCGAGGACCUGGACCGCCGCGGCCCGCCCCCACCUCCAACCGCCUCCGAGCCAACCAGGCGCUCCACCAAGUGACCAAUCACAGAGCGGUUGACGCCUGCCCCCCCCCCCCCCCCCCCCCUCCAUACACACACACAUGCUGGCGUGAGCACCUGGAUGCCAGCUGACAGACUGGCCCCUGGGUUGAGCCCCCGUCUGUGUGCUUAUUCAGACAGCGGGGGUGCUCCGCGACCAGGCUCUGAACCUCCCGCCCCCCCACCCAGGGAGAGGGAGGGGCCUAGCGUUACUAUGGCAACAAGCCUGAAGAUGUAAGAUGAUGUAAAUUGAUUAUU